GAAAGGGAUCCAACCCCCUGCCCCCAGCCCCCCAGCCCCCUAGCUAGCACGACAGGCCCAGCACAGCACCAAACCAACCACCCGCCCGCCGCCGCCGCCGCCGCGCCUCCUCACAAGUCAGAACCAAACCAAAUCAAGCAGCGAUCAAUGGGCACGCCCAGCGACGAGCCGCCGAAACGUACGCUCGUGUUCACUUACGGCACGCUGAAGCGCGGCUUCUCCAAUCACCAGCUGCUGCAGGAGCUGGCCUCCACCGGGGACGCCUCCUUCGUGGGCGCCGCCGUCACGGCGUCGCCGCUGCCGCUCGUCUGCGGGCCCUACCGCGUGCCCUUCCUCCUCAACCUCCCUGGCGAGGGGGACCGCGUCGCCGGCGAGCUCUACGCCGUCACGCCCCGGGGCCUGGCGCGCCUGGACGACCUCGAGGGCGUCUCCCGCGCGCACUACGAGCGCCUGCCCAUCGCCGUCCACCUCGCCGAGGGCGGGAGCGCGCGGGUCGACAGCGCCGUGGCCUACUACGCGCACCGGGACUACGCCGCCGAGCUGUGGCGCCGCAGCGGGGGGAAGGGCUACCCCGAGUACUCGCACGCCGUGGCCGACGGCUACGUGCGCCGCAAGGACAGGCCGCAGGGGCAGACCUUCCUCGACCAGAUCCGCAUCUUCGUCUCCUCCCAAUCCUAGCUCCCUAGCUGGGAUUUUUGCUGCUGCUGCUGCUGCUUUGCUUGGAUUGGAUUCCCCAUUGUUGAUUCUUCAACUUCAACACAAUUACUCUACGUAUAUUGGAACUCUCUUGUCUUUAUUUGUGUGUGGAAUAGGAAUUGCAAUACUAGGAGUACAUGUAGGGAUGGAUAUGCAUAUCAUCCAUCUCUCUCCCUUGCUGAUAA